AUGUAUGAGCGCAGACGGCGAGAUCUGAGGGUCAGUGCACAAGCAUGCAGGGAGGGGAAUUGUGUGUCGGAAGGUGUAUGUAUGACACAAAAUCGGAGUGGGGGAUCGGCUUUUGCAGCGGGUGGCCCAGACGAACCAAACAACUCGAAUAUGAAUAUGGUCCCACUGAUACGGAUUGGACAAGAGGAUAGGAUGUAUGAGCACAGACAGCGAGAUCUGAGGGUCAGUGCACAAGCAAGCAGGGAGGGGAAUCGCGUGUCGGAAGCGAGAUCUGAGGGUCGGUGUGCAAGCAAGCAGGGAGGGGAAUUGCAUGUCGGUGCGACCGUUUGGGUAAAAGAUUUUGAUGGGGGCCUAGGAAGGUGUAUAGCUGUCGAUGUAUGGCAUGGAAUCGGAGUGGGGGAUCGGUUUUUGCGGCAGGUGGCCCAGACGAACCAAACAACUGCGAGUACCAGCGGUGCUAGGUGCAACCUCCAGCCCUCUGCAGGUGUCUCCAUGGACAAGCCCCAAAUCCUCACGCAGAAUAUACAGAACAGCCUGGAGAAACCGUUACUCUAUGUAGAUGGUGUACUCAGAGGGCUGGGUUGA